GUAUCAUUCGUGUUCUGGGUCCCGUGGACCGCCAGCUGCGGCUCUGUGGCUUGCAGCGUGGCAGCAGUGCCCUCUCCUGCUGAGCUAAGCACAGAGCACAUUAGCAUCCUGUCAUGCUGCUGCAGCAGCUCACAGGAUUACUCAUAUUUAAUGCACAUUAUCUCCGACAGACACGCAGCAAUGAUACAGUGCACGGAAAAUAUAACAGGCGCAUCCCUUUUCAGUCUCCAACUCCAAAUAAUCUGACUGUAAUGACUACUUGCGAGGUUUAUAUUAAACAUGGGGUGAGGAAAAGUGAGAGACGUUCAUAUUAUAAUUCAUUAUUCCCACAAUAGUCUCCUACAGGAAGGUCUUGUAAAAAGUCGAACCCCCCUUUUUAUUCAUGCGCUCAUUUUUACUAUAGCGCCGCGGCGCCAAACGCGCACAUCUGCGGCAUCUGCACGGAUCGGGUGAAAAUUAUGAGCCAGAAAAUGGGUUAAAAAUCGGUCUGAACGGGUUUUUCUCUCUGUACUCUGAGCAGCCUCUCGCCUGUAGCACCCAGAAGUGAACAGCAGGCGACCCGGAAGGCUUGAAGUCUGGCUGAAAGCAGGCAGAAAAAGGGGAGUCCUGCUCCGUUAUAAAUUUCUGUUUCUUCUCCUCUCGCUGGCGCAGGAUGGCUGAACCGCGCUUUAACAAUCCCUACUUUUGGCCUCCUCCUCCUUCUAUGCCUGGCCAGCUGGAUAACCUAGUCUUGAUCAAUAAAAUCAAGGAGCAGCUGAUGGCGGAGAAGAUCCGGCCGCCACACAUGCCCGCCGUUUCGGCCGCCUCCCAGCAGCCUCUGAUGUCUCCGUCGGGCCAGGCCGAAGGCAGCCAGCACGGGAUGUCCAAAGCUCAGCAGGGGUCCGGGCUGCACAGUCCAAGCCCGUCGCAGCCUGACAUCGCCCUGCAUGCCCGCCCUGCCUCCAGCUCUGUCACAGGUCGUAUCCUUGGAGAUGUGAACUUGAAUUUGGACGACAAGGCGGCUCUGAAAGCCCGGGGUCUGUGGGAGGACUGGCACCUGCGCCAGCUCAUAGACCAUCCCUCCAGAACAAACCACGUCUCAGGUGUGGCACUGGCAUCCAGAACUGGGAACCUCAGCACUUCGGAGAUCAUAACCCCAACAACACCCACAUCAAGCAGCCACAGCCGGCUGGGUGGAGCCCCCACCCCUCACCUCAUCUCAGGGUUAGCCGGCAGCCACGGGAUCGAGCCGGGGAAGACCAACGGGGGCUUUGUGGGUCUCCUCGGCCCGCCUCCGAAGCAGGAACGGGGGCGCAAGAAGAUCAAGGCCGAGAAUGGCUCGUCGCUUUUGGUGGUUCCGUACCCGAUCCUGGCCUCGGGCAACGACCAGUCCUGCGUCACCAUCACCACUAAAGAGGGUAAAACCUACAGGUGUAAAGUUUGUCCCCUGACCUUCUUCUCCAAGUCCGACAUGCAAAUUCACUCCAAAACGCACACAGAGGCGAAAGCCCACAAGUGUCCUCACUGCACCAAGACGUUUGCGAACGCCUCCUACCUGGCCCAGCAUCUGCGCAUCCACCUGGGCCUCAAGCCGUACCGCUGCUCCUACUGUGAAAGAUGCUUCCGCCAGCUCUCCCACCUGCAGCAGCACACCAGAAUCCACACAGGUGACCGACCUUAUAAAUGCCUCCAUCCAGGAUGUGAGAAAGCUUUUACUCAACUCUCUAAUUUGCAGUCUCACCAGAGGCAGCACAACAAGGACAAGCCCUUCAAAUGCUCCAACUGUUUCCGUGCCUACUCAGACUCGGCCUCGCUGCAGAUCCACCUCUCUGUACACGCCAUCAAGAACGCCAAGGCCUACUGCUGCAGCAUGUGCGGCCGGGCAUACACCUCAGAGACGUACCUCAUGAAGCACAUGCCGAAACACGCGAUGGUGGAGCACGUCAUGUCCCAUCAUUCCCCUCAGAAUAGGACAGGUUCUCCCAAUAUUCCCAUUCGGAUCUCCCUCAUCUGAGCUCCACUGCCGUCAUCUUUCCUCCCAUCACAGACUCCUACUGCCUGACGGACCGCUCGGCUCCAAACGGAGGCAGGAAUCAUUUGGAGAAGAGGUUCUCGUCUGACGAGUUUUUCCCUCUUCUCUUUGUUGCUAAAGAGAAAGUAUUAACGGGAUCAUCCAAAGAUGAUUUCAGCACUUUCAGGCCUGACACUGACUGGCCGGAUAUUUUUUUUUUAUGGGACUUAAACAAGUAUUGCUCCAGGCAGCUACAUAGAGAAUCUUUUUAAGUUUUGUGUUAUACAUAUAACUCUGUGUUUUUUAUAAACUGCUUUAAUUAACUCCCCUUUUGUCAUAUAUUAGUCUUCCAUUAUCUACAGAUGCAGGCAAUCUUGCUGACAACCCUGGUGUGUAAAAAAUGUCUCUAAUUUACCGCAUUUAUAUAGUAAAAUCCGUAUUUAUACAGACUUUUAAUACGGAUUUUACCGUUUUUAUACGGUAAAUUCCUGGCAACCACAGCUGCCGGUACUUUACUGUAAAUUAUAAACUUUUUACAGUGUGGUGUGUAAAAUGGCUUAAAUUAAAUUAAUCUUUUAUUACAGUGCCACAAUUUAACUUAAAAUUAAAGGAAAAUCCAAUAAUUAAAUGAGUAUAACAAAAAUAAAUUUACGUUAAGAAGGCAUAAAAUCAUACCAAAAAAAUUGCCAAAAGUGAUUUUUUUCCUCUUGGCAAAAAUAAGUUAGGCUUUUAUUUUAGGAAGGUGAUGAUGUUUAAAAUGAUCUAAACUGAAACAUAUAAGAUGCUUUUUAAGUAAA